AUGUCGAAGACUUUAAUAAUCCUAGGAUUUCUAUUCUUGGCACUUUCUUUAUGUCUUGAACGAAAUUCUGUGGAAUCAAGGAGAUACGGUAAGUUCAGAAUUUGAAAAGCUGUUCCAAAAGUAAGCCAGGAAAAAAUGCGAUCUCGUGAUCCCGGUUGAGAAACAUUUCCAAUUAUAUUCACACAUACUUCACGAGAAAAUCGCUUAACUGAUGAACGUAAGGGGCAAUGGAUGGGUUAAUUUUGACACCGAUCCUUUAAGGAACCAUAUUGACUACUAGUAUUUGAGAUUGUGAAGGGACGUUCAAUCUUCACAUUUAAGAUUAUUCUGGAAUGUAAGUACUGUGGUAAAAUAAAAAGCAUUGGCGGGGCAAAAUUCAGUUUCGGACAUUUGCUAACAUUGAACAGGUAGGUAUUGGUAGCGAUCCAAAACUAGUAGCCCGAUUGCGAGGAAGAAAAUAGAUCUAGAUCCUGCAAUCAGACUCUAACUUGUCUACAACUCAGGCAUAUAUUGACUGCUGUAUUGUAGCCCAGACUUUUUGAAAGUCUGGGGCUGGUUAUUCAAAGCUCGCUGGAUUAUCCCAGGGUUAAAAUUUAGCCCGCUGCUUUGGAUUGGGUACAUCUGGGCAUUUGACAUUUGUUUCUUUCGAAACUUUGAAAAAUAAAACUUCUAUUAUCCAGUCAAGAUUUGCGGGAAAAUAUCUCAAUGUUUACAAACACGCAAUAUCGUACAACCAGCCCUGCAUCUGGAUAAAAUCAAUAAAAGUUGUGAGCUGGUCGAUAUCGAGAAAGAAUUAACUUUGUUCCUUCUUUCUUCAGAUAUCGUUGUUAGUUGGAAAAAACAUCCACCAAAAUGCUAUCACCUUGUCUCGUACCGUAUCGUAUCAGAUACCCGUUCGCCUGCUGACUGCCAACGUGUUUGCGCUAAAGAAAAAAGAUGUCGUACAUUUCACCAGUAUUGGACUUCGUAUUGCUAUUUAUCAAACAAUCGGUUUUAUGAAAUUGGAAUUGUUGGAUGUGUACGAAAAAUUAUUAUUUACGAGAAAG